CCCCUUCUCCUCUUUUUCACCACGGUCUUUGAACAUCGCAAUUCUGCCAACUCCCCUUCAACGUCAAUCCACCCAAUUCAGCCUCCAACAAGUCUACAGCCGAUUUUCAAGAUGUCUGGCUUCCCAAAGCUCAUUCCCGCUUUCACUACCCAUAUCGUCCUCGACCCACCAUUCUCAGUUGGCAGCGUCUCCAAGAGCGGUCCACUUACAGUUGUCCCAUUCAUUUCCGAGAACAGCUUCCUCCGUUCUGAGCCAGGCUAUCCCGUCAAAGUUGAUGCCACCUUUGUUCACGGAUCGGACUUCAUUCGCGGUGAUCCCAGCGGCAAGCACGUUCGGUUGGACGUUAACUCCGUCUUGAAGGACAGUAAAAGCGGUGCCAUCAUCAGCUACAAAUACAGUGGUAUUAUUGAGAUGAAGCCAGGACCAACCGCUGUCUUGACUGGAAGCAAGGACGCAAAGACUACGGAGUUUGGUGAUGUUCUGACCCAUGUCUUGUUCGAAACCGGAAGUGAUGAGUUGAAGCUCAUGGAGCAGAAGGUUUAUGUUGCCAGUGGAAGAUUCAUCAUUGAGGCUGGCAAACCUCCCGUUGUUGAGUAUAAAAUCAGUGAGGUGGCUGCUCAAUGAAGAAGGAAACGACGCAAGUGAGGAUGGAAGACGGAUCAUGAUGUUUCUUCAAAUAGCUUACUAAAACCCGCAGUCCAUAGCAUGAAUGCAUGAAUGGCUUUUAUUCUCUUCG